UUGUAUCUCCUCGGCAUGAAAGGUCCAGCCAUCUGUAUCAGGAAACGCUUUGUCACCAGUACCUCUCCUUCCUGUGCUAUCAUGUCGUUCCUGUUGAGAGCAGCACCUCACGUCUUAAAACCCUUGUCGCACACCAUCUCUUUUAGUCUGGUUCCUGGUGGCUCUUUAGCUACAAGUGCUCCUAAGCGGCUACUCCAGGUGUCCCGGCGCCUUUGUGAUAGAAUGACAAUGAAAGACGUGAGUUUCCUAAGGACGGUGCUGGUGGCGUCACUGGUGAUGGUGGUGGUGGUGAUGGUGGUGCCGGGAGAUGCAUCACCGGUACCCAAGCGCCCUACGGCAGCCAAGGGAGCCCAAAGAGAUGUCAUGUCGCCUGAACGUGGUGGUGAAGGCAACGACUGUGAGAACUGUGAAGAUUUUGACAACGGUAAUGGUGAAGACGAAGAGAGUGAAGAUGAUGCGGGGUAUGUAGAAGAUAGUGAAGAUGAGUAUGGGGAAUAUGACUAUGAACAUGACCCCGAGCAUGAAGAUGACUAUGAAGAUUAUGACUAUGGUAGUUAUUCCGAUGAGUAUGAAGAUUACAAUGAAGAGGACGUGGAUUAAGGAAUACUGUUGUGAAGAUGACGGUGAUGAUGAGGAUAAACUGGUACGAUAAUCUGCAGAAGGCGUAAUAGUGACGUGUGAGAGGACAUCAGAACAGCAGACCAUGGCACCGGAACAGAACAUAACACGAGAACAAAACUCCAGAACGAAACAGAACACCAGAAAAACAUCAAAAUAGCGGAAGAGAACCUAGCAGCAGAACACCACCGUACUCCUCCCUUCCCUAUUGGUUCCCUGUACCGUGACAUCACGUAAACUUCCUGUACAAGGUAACACAAUAAAUGAAGCACCAGUCA